CGCACAGGGACGAGCCCGCUGACAGAUUUUUGGUGGCGGUGGCGGCUGCGGCGGCCCUGGACUGCGGGGAAUGGGAAUCCUAGGUCUCUGACUGAGCACUGCCCCCGCCUCCCUGCCUGCGACAUGGCUCAGGAGAAGAUGGAGCUAGACCUGGAGCUGCCUGCGGGCACGGGUGGGAGCCCGGCGGAGGGCGGCGGCGGCAGUGGCAGCAGCGGGGGCCUCAGGAGGUCUAACAGCGCCCCCCUGAUCCACGGCCUCAGUGACACUUCGCCGGUGUUCCAGGCCGAGGCGCCGAGCGCCAGGCGGAACAGCACCACGUUCCCGAACCGCCACGGCCUGCUGCUCCCGGCCUCCCCCGUCCGCAUGCACAGCAGCCGCUUGCACCAGAUCAAACAGGAGGAGGGCAUGGACUUGAUCAAUCGAGAGACCGUCCACGAGCGCGAGGUGCAGAACGCAAUGCAGAUAAGCCACUCCUGGGAGGAAAGUUUCAGCCUGAGUGACAACGACGUGGAGAAAUCCGCCUCCCCGAAACGCAUCGAUUUCAUUCCCGUGUCGCCAGCACCGUCCCCCACCCGGGGAAUUGGGAAGCAGUGUUUUUCACCAUCCUUGCAAAGUUUUGUGAGUAGCAAUGGAUUGCCUCCCAGUCCUAUUCCCAGCCCAACGACGCGAUUUACCACCCGGAGAAGCCAGAGUCCCAUUAAUUGUAUCAGACCAAGUGUUCUUGGACCAUUGAAAAGAAAAUGUGAAAUGGAAACUGAGUAUCAGCCAAAGAGAUUCUUCCAGGGCAUCACCAACAUGCUUUCUUCUGACGUUGCACAGCUGUCAGAUCCUGGUGUGUGUGUAUCUUCCGAUACCCUUGAUGGAAACAGCAGCAGUGCCGGAUCUUCUUGUAACUCACCAGCGAAAGUCAGCACUACCACCGACUCUCCUGUGUCGCCUGCCCAAGCGGCCUCUCCAUUUAUUCCAGUAGAUGAACUUUCAAAUAAGUGAUUCACCCACCCAUCCUGAGACUCGGUUUUGUUUUUGUUUUUGCAAUGGAGAGAAAAAUCAAGUUGGAACAAGCACUGAACUUUGUCGAUUAAUUUGAGGCUAUUUCCUAUCUGACCCUUUCCCUUUUUUGGAAUUCCCUGAAAUGUUGUUAUUCUAGAGAACUUUUAUGUCAGAUUCCUGCGGAUGCCCUUGAAUUCAGUGUAGUAAUAUUUUCAGACGUUUUCCCAAUAAGUGUGUUGAAGCAUUCAUCUUUACGCUGCUAAUAUGUCUAAAUACAUAUGUUAUCCCUUGAUUUUUUAAAAUAACUGAGAGCUCUAUUUAUUUAUGGGAUUAUUAAGUUCUGAUGCAAAUAUAAAUGUUGAAUUAAUCAGCAUAGUAAACUGAUGUUUUAAAAUUCCAUACUUCAUGCCCACACUAAUUUUUAAUGUUAUUUUCAGUGAUUGUUAAUUUCUAUUGAAGAAGAACAAUAACUUACCUAUGUACAGCUAUUUUUAAAAUAUGUUAGUUUUAUCCAUCCAGUCGUUGUCGGUUUUACCCAGGAAUCCUUGAAUAUUUAAUUUUCUGGGUACAGAAGUGGAUUGGGGGGGAUGAUAAAAGAACAAAAUAUAGAAGUUUGCAACAGAUCUUUUAAAAUUAAAUAUAUAAAGGUAAACAUAUUUAAACAUUUUCUAAUGAAAUUUUAAUAGUAAUUCUAAUAAGUCAUACAAAUAUAACUACUAUA